AUGGACACUGACAUCAAGGCAGUGUGUACAGCCUCUUCUGGAGUUAAUCUGACACUACCGGAAGUGACGUAUGGCACCCUGGGAGACCCCGUGACCCUCCCCGCCACCUUCAGCACCGACAGGAGGGUCAUGAACAUCGCCUGGUACAAACUGGACCCCAGAGAACCGACCUCCCGCACGCAGAUCUUCUCCUACUACCCUCCUCUCCAGACCAGGGAGUCGUACGGAGAUUACGUCGGCAGGACUUCUCUAGAGGACCAGGCGUCCCUGAGGAUCGCCCGCACCAAACCUGCAGACGAGGGGAAGUACAUCCUGUCUGUGUCUGUGGAGGGGGUCGGCAGCAGCGAGGGACAGGUUCAACUCUUCCUUAUGGUCCCUCCUACAUUGAGAGUGGGUCCGUCCAACCCCUACGUCACCGCUUGGGGGAAACCAGCUCUUCUGACAUGCGCAGUGCAGGGUGCCAAACCAAACGUGACGUCACUGCACUGGGAGAAGAACGGCGUGAUGAUUGACACUUCAGGGUCUCACACCAAGUUCGUCGGCGGGAACCUUCAGAGACCCGCCCUCCACAUACGUCACGUGGGCAGGGCAGACUCCGGGGUGUACGCAUGCGUGGCAGAUCACGUGGUCACUGUCGUCAGAGCAAGCCUCGCCCUGAACGUUUAUUAUCCGUCAUCAGUCCUGAGUAUCUCAGACUCCGUGACCGCCACUGUAGUCACGUAUCCGUCGUCCGUCCUGAGCAUCUCAGACUCCGUCACGGCCACGGUGUCCGACCACAUCACCCUGCAGUGCGUGACAGACGGGAACCCCCCUCCCAACAUCACCUGGUCACGUGACGGGGUGUGGCUGCCAAGCACGUCAAGCCGCCUGACCAGGGACGCCUGGACCUCCACCCUGCAGCUGCGUGACGUCACGGUGAAUGACAGCGGGACCUACUGGUGCAGGACCAGCAACCGGGUGGGGAGGGGGUCCUCAAGGUCACUGCAGGUCACCAUCAGAGAGUCCAGACUGGGGAUCGGCAUCUCGACCCUAGCGGUUGUGGUUGGUGCUACAGACAGUGUCCUGGCGAUCGUGGUCUGCGUCGCGCUGUCCACUUACAUCGUGCGGAGGCGGCGGCUUCAGUGCGGGAAGAAACGGAUCCCGGUCUACCCUAAGGCGGUCAGACAACAGCCAGCUCGUGUGGAAGGAACAGCGGAGCCGUCUCCGUACGCAUCAGCACCUUACGUCACACCACCUGCCACGUCACCACACGUCACAACACGCUACGUAAACACUCCUGCUACGUCAGGCUACGUCACAAGAUCUACAACUUCACCCCACGUAACAACGCCUGACAAGCCCCCGAACGGAACAGCCUGCAACGGUGGCAUCAACACCAUCCGGAGAACGCUGGGACAGAAAAGUUAG